AUGCUAGCAGUAAGUGAUCUUCUGUCAGGUAUUAUAUACAUUCCUACAUGGUGUUGUCAUUGGAUACUGGCACUUUCAUCAAUUCCAACGUGCAUACCUAUGAUUUUCACAAGUAUACUUGGAUACACUCUGGCAAUAUUUUCUGUUUUCACCAUUUUGUUUAUCACUAUAAACAUUUAUUUGUCGGUUAUUCAUCCCUUUUUGUAUGAAGUAUGGGUGACAAAAAAGCGGGUUUUUACUCUCAACUUGUUUGUUUGGAUUAUUUUCCUGGUCAUGGUUGUAGGUUCAACAUCAACAUCGUUGUCUAUGUGGAUUAGGUGCAAAAACAUGACAACCUAUCUGUUAGUGAUCAUAAUAAUUGUCAUGGUAACCAUGCAUAUCCGAUUAAAUAAUGAAAUUAACAGAAUUUGCUCACGAGUCGCUCAAACUUCAACUGCUCAACAAACUCAAGACAUUGGCAUGAAAGAGAAAGCGACGAAAAUGGGUGUUAAAAUCAUGCUUGCAUUUUUAAUGUGUUUCGUUCCAAUCUCAUCCAUAUUGUUGUACAACAAGAUGAAUCCGACAGUGAUUGUUUCAAACUACUUGCAGCAUGUGGCAACAUUAUUACUAUUCUUAAAUGCGUUGUUGGACCCUUUCAUAUAUUAUUUCAGACUAGGAAGAAUUCGUUCGAAAGUCCAAGUACUUUUUAAUAACUCGCAGACAAAGGAAACGCACGGAGGGCAAAAUGUUUAACCACUAAGAAUGAUAAAAACUUUUUGCAUAAAUUUUUGUCAAUUACCCCUAUUAUCCACUCUCGAUGAAGCAAAAUUUCGCGAGGCGCAGCAAAUUUUCAAUUUGAAAUUCAUGAAAAAUGGGCACGCA